UUAUUUAUUUUAUUUUAUUUUUUAAAUAUCACCCUUCGACACUUCCGCCUUACUUACCCAAAUGGGAAAUGUAAACAAAGCGUAACCUUUGGGAUUGAAAUGAACCACAUAUCUCAUUCUGACUCAAAUUAACCAUGCUUGCAUGGUUUUUAUAAGUUCACCGAUUAGACGAUGCACUUGUAAAGGUUAUUUAUAGAUUUAUAGCUUAUGAUUGGAUGCAGGACUGGAAAAAAAAGAGGACCAGCAGGAGCAAGCAGGAUAGAGUUUCUCCUCGUAAGGGAUCCUUUUGACCGCCAUAGAUUCUGUUUCUCCUCGUCAAUGACUCACCGGAGCAACACAGCUCACUCGGCGAAACAUUACAACGAUUCAUUUUCUAAUUCAACCAAUAUAGGGUAAACUCAUGGUGGAGGCCGGGGGCUGUCCGCGGUCGCUCCCCGGCGUCGUGAUCCCUCUCCCGGGGAGACAUGGACUCGUCGUAGGAUGCCUUCGCUGUGGAAACGGAUAAGUUUCUCCGCCGCCUCGGCGCUCUGUGUGGGCUCCGUGGUCCUGCUGCUUGCGGCCCUGUCCACGGAGCGAUGGGUCACCGGACGCAUCUUGUGCAAAACGGGGGCCGAGAUCGUAAACGCGUCGAGCCCGGAGCUGGACCUGUUCACCGGGGACGUAUACUACGGUCUGUUCCGCGGAGGGAAGACCAAGAGGUGUGGACUCGGAACAAGACGCUCCAAAAUCCACAUCUUCCCGAAGCUUGUACGCACGUUGAACGGUGGCCUUCACGUGAUGGUGAUCCUCUUCCUACUGGCGGCCAUGUGCUUUGCGGUGGUCAGUCUGUCCUUCAGCAUUUACAACGCGCGCAGAGUCCCCUACCAGAGUAUCAAAGGUCACAAGGGACUGUACCUGUGGAACUUCAUCGCUGCUGUGUUCGGCACUCUGGCAGUGCUAUGCUUCCUGGCGGCCAUGAGGCACCACAGCCUCACAGAGCGUGUGGCCAACUACCGGGAGAACCUCUUCGUCCUGGUGGUCCUGGACGACAGCGUGGGCUGGUCCUUCUGGCUGAGCGUCGCAAGCGUGGCGACUCACAUUGUCGUCUGCGGCGUGGUGGCGAUGAGUCGCAUCAAGCUGCCCAAACCAGAGGUCAAGAUGCCCGACCAGCCCACCAUCUCUGCUCUGGACCUGCUCUACUGACCUAAUCAAAGAUGGUGCCAGCGAUGUGUUGUUGUUGUUUUGCCCGUUUGCUGUUGUUGAUAUGAGAUUUCCCCAUGGAAAAAUGCCAAGACGACAGGACUUUAAAUGAGGACUUUCAAAUAAAUACUGGCAAUUUUGGACUUUGAAAGAACCGAAUCAGUGAUAUAAAGACUAUUUUCAAACGAA